AUGGUCUCCUUCAAGGUUCCAGUCUUCUUCCUCGCUCUUGCCGCCCAAGCGCUUGGACAAGGCCAAAAUGGAGACGUCACUUGCAGCACGCGAUACUCGACGAAAUCGGUCAAGACGGUGACGACCAAGACGUCGACUCGAUAUACUACGGUGACGCACACCGAGCGGGUCCCCAAGAUCCAGACCAUCACGCCGGCUCAGUCAACUACGAUUACCAGCACCUUCUACGAGACGGCGGAUGGCGGUACCAUCACGGUGGUAUCUACCGAGCUUAGUACUGUUACGACAACUUCUACGUCAACCUCGACGGUGCCAACCCCGGCCGGAUUUACCCCCGUUGUGCCCAUGCCCGAUAACGGGGCGUCACCGUUGAUCAGAGCACGUAGACAUGAACAGAGCAAGCCGGCGGUUCACCGACGAGAUGCCAGUACGCUCCAGGUCAACUCCGGUGAUCGGCAGUUCAUUCGGCCCCCUUUCCAAGUCGCCGUCAAUUGCUUAUCCGUGGUUACUCGAACGGUCACCAAAACAGUUUACACCACGACUCCAUACACGACGACUGCUCCUCAGCAGACCAAAACAACCACCGCUGUAAUUACGUCCUCGACGACUGUGACUAAAUAUCCUUCCGGUGGCAGCUCGUCAACAGUGACCGUGAUUGUAUCUACCACGCUCACGACAACAGAAACUCAUACUACAACCUCCACCACUACCAUUCCUGUGUCCUACACAACUGUGGUACCGGCUGCUCGGCCAGUAUAUGAAGCCUGCAACGCUCGUAACAUAUACGGCGGCUCAGGUCUCCGAUACCCCGAUAGGUUCUCCUUUUCGGAUAUCAAUUUUGACGGAUCCGAAGGCUACACCCCGUAUGAAUGCUGCGUCAGGUGCCAGGAGGCGGGCCCCAGCUGCGUGGGAACUCUCUACGUAUCUGGUGCCGCCUUGAAACCCCGAGAACGAUACCGACUGCGGCUGCUCGAGAACGCCAUGACCUCAAACACCGGCAUUGGAAACGACCGCUUCAAUGCCGAGGCCACGGCAUGGGAUAGCAAUCCGUUUGUCCACGAAAUGAGCCUUGAAGCGUGGAAAGCCAUCCAACGCUAUUUGCCGUCUCUAUUCAGUGAUAGCGCCUCCAGGAAGCCCGAUGUUCUCGAAGUCGGCUGCGGUACUGGACUGCUGAGCCUGGAAGUUGCACCUUCUGCGAACCGGCUCGUUGCCGUGGACUCCGCGGGGGAUGAUCGAGAAGUUUUACUCGAAGACCCGGAGGACAAACGGCUUCCACCGAUUGACUUAGCUGAUCCCGACGGCCCGAGGCUCAAGUACGAUCUGAUCACCUCACACCUUGUCUUACAUCACAUUACGGACCUACAGUCGGUUCUAAAGACAAUGUUUGGGUGUCUUAAGAAAGGAGGCGUCGUCGCCCUGACGGAUUUCGAAGACUUUGGCCCCGAGGCUAGAAAAUUUCAUCCCGAGUCCAAGAUGGAAGGGGUAGAGCGCCACGGCAUCCCGCGCGAUUGGAUGGCGAGCCUCAUGGAAGAAGCAGGGUUCACGAACGUCCGAGUAGAAGUGGCGUGGGACCAUGUGAAAAUAGUAGAGGCACGUCCCGGAGAGUUCCAGGGUGGGAUUCCGAGCGCGGGGCAAGGGGAGUUGAUGAAGUUCACGUACUUGAUAUGCCUUGGUGAGAAGCCUUGA